UUUUCCAUUUAUUGAGCCACCACCAAUUUCCAGUAUUGAGAAUUCUAUUAUAUUCUUAAAAGAACAAGGAGCUUUGACAGAAAACGAGACGUUGACACCGAUUGGAAAAAUGUUAGCACAAUUACCGGUCGAUGUUGUCAUUGGUAAAAUGCUUAUCAUGGGAACGGUCUUUCAUGUCAUUCACCCUGUGUUGUCAAUUGCUGCUUCACUGAGUGUACAAUCACCGUUUACCAAUAAAUCGUAUCACGAUCACGAAGUCUCUACUGCAAGGCGCCCUCUAGAGUCUGACCAUGGAGAUCCAUUCACGUUAUUAAAUGCCUUUGAUGAAUGGAUACAAGUGAAAGCUGGUGGGAGAAACUCGUCUCGUAAGUGGUGUAAACGCCGAGGACUGGAAGAACAAAGAUUUUAUGAGAUGUCAAAACUCAGACAACAGUUCAAAGAUUUACUAAAGGAUCAUGGUCUGUUUGGUACUGACGUUGAAGACCAUCAUUACAGCAGUGUUGAGAGGCACCACAGAACCCGACAAAAACAAGAACUAAAGAAAUUAAAGCGAGAACACAGACAAGCUACCAGGAAACGCAAAAUACUCAAACUGGAUCUUGAGGAUAUUGAAAUAAGUGAAGCUAGUGACAGCGAAGACGUAGAUAUUGCUGAUAUUGAUUUCAAGAUGACACAUGAUAUCGACCAAAUGCAGGAAAUGUCUAAUGCAAGUCGUAGUUUUACACUACGUGACAUCAACUUACUCAAAGUCAUACUUUGUAGUGGAUUCUAUCCACAGUUUGCGAUUGCUGAUGAUUACAACUCCUAUCGCAAAGAUUCAGACCAAGUUUUUCACACCAAGGCAAAGCCAUUUGUCCUCCUCCAUCCAACAGGAGUGUUUGCCAACAACCCGGAAAUCCUGGAAUGCAAGAUUGAAAACAAAAAUGAGAUGGAUGAAACAAGGAAGAAUUACAGUAAUCGUCACGAGUUGUUAGCAUUUGUAACUUUGUUAGAAACAAAUAAGCCUUACUUAGUGAAUACAAUGAGAAUUCCAGCUUUACAAACAAUGAUGCUUUUUUCACACAGUCUAGAUACAAAUCAAGACUGUACUCGGUAA